AUGGCCCAACCCCAUCACUCUGAUCAACAUAAAAAUGGAAUUGACGAUACCGCCGAAGGCGAAUUUGUCCAGCGAAGCUAUAAUGAGGAAGUCAUGGAGCUGAUAACUCGGAUGGAACAAGUAAUUUCAACACUUGCAGAAUUUAGACAAAAGACAAAAAUCCUUGAUGAGAUGGCUGCUCAGUUGAAAAGAAAGUUUCGACUCCAGCAAGAAGACAAUACCGGGGCAAAAGAAAAUGGGACAUCAAUCGAUGAUUUCCCACAAGGGCAAGCCGAGAAAGUCCCCAAAGCGAUAAAGACACUAAGCCGGGCGAAGGAAUCCCGGCGGCUACCUCGAAUUCCUGAAGAAGUCUAA